CACUGUGUGCGCGCGCGUGCCGUGACAGUCGCCAUUUUAUUUUGAAAAAUCCAAAUCGAACCGAGGGAGAAAGCGACCUUUUAUCCGUCAAGAUCAGAACCGAAGAUAUACGACGAAAAUGAUCAUCCGCGCGUAAUUUAGUUUCCAGAAUCCAAGAUGUCACACUGAAAAUUGCACUAAAGGACGUUACUUUGAAUCAGCAUCCACCCAAAGACUUUGCUUGUUGGACACCGGACACUUUUCGCACCUUUUGGGGGGGGAGGGGACCGACAGAAGUAACCUAUCACUGAAGUGAAUAAAGGGGAAUAAUGGUGAUUUUGCGCCGGGCUCGGCCGCCUGCUUCCGCCCCGACCAGCAAUGAAUCUUGACUCGCUCUCGCUGGCUUUGUCUCAAAUCAGCUACCUGGUGGACAAUUUAACUAAGAAAAACUACAGAGCCAGCCAGCAAGAAAUACAACAUAUUGUGAAUCGUCACGGCCCUGAGGCAGACAGGCAUCUAUUACGCUGUCUCUUUUCCCAUGUGGAUUUUAGUGGCGAUGGUAAAAGCAGUGGCAAAGAUUUUCACCAGACACAGUUUCUGAUCCAGGAGUGUGUGUCUCUUAUUACCAAACCAAAUUUUAUUUCGACACUCUGCUACGCCAUUGACAAUCCCCUGCACUAUCAAAAGAGCUUAAAGCCAUCACCUCAUUUAUUUACUCAGCUGAGUAAAGUUCUCAAGCUAAGCAAGGUUCAGGAGGUGAUUUUUGGCCUUGCUCUGCUGAACUCUAGCAACGCAGACCUUAGAGGGUUUGCUGCCCAGUUCGUGAAGCAGAAGCUUCCUGACCUCCUCCGUUCGUACGUGGACGCAGACCUCGGAGGAAAUCAGGAAGGUGGCUUCCAAGACAUUGCCAUAGAGGUUCUGCAUCUGCUCCUCUCCCAUCUUCUGUUCGGUCAGAAGGGCUCCAGCGGAGUCGGACAAGAGCAGAUCGACGCCUUUCUCAAAACACUGUGCAGAGAUUUCCCGCAAGAGCGCUGCCCUGUGGUGCUUGCGCCACUGCUCUACCCUGACAAACGGGACAUUCUCAUGGACAGGAUCUUGCCAGACUCUGGAGAGAUAAACAAGACCAUGAUGGAGAGUUCCCUUGCUGACUUCAUGAAAGAAGUUGGCUAUGGCUUUUGUGCAAGUCUUGAAGAAUGCAGGAACAUAAUCUUGCAGUAUGGGGUGCGAGAGGUGACGGCCGGCCAGGUGGCCAGAGUGCUGGGCAUGAUGGCCCGCACUCACUCUGGGCUUUCAGAUGGCAUCCCUUUACAGUCCAUCACGAGUCCAGUUGGUGGUGGCAUUUGGAGUGAUGGGAAGGACAAAAGUGAUGGCUCCCAGGCCCACACCUGGAACGUUGAGGUUCUGAUUGAUGUGGUCAAAGAAUUGAACCCCAAUCUGAAUUUCAAAGAAGUGACCUAUGAGCUGGACCACGCAGGUUUUGUGAUCCGGGAUAGUAAGGGGCUUCAGAUAGUGGUGUAUGGGAUCCAGAGGGGUCUGGGGAUGGAGGUUUUCCCAGUGGAUCUCAUUUACAGACCAUGGAAGCACGCGGAAGGACAGCUGUCAUUCAUCCAACACUCUUUGAUGAGUCCUGAAGUGUUCUGCUUCGCUGACUGCCCAUGUCACACUGUCGCCAUUGACAUCCUGAAAGCCCCACCUGAGGAUGACAACAGAGAAAUAGCCACAUGGAAGAGCUUGGACCUGGUGGAGAGCCUUUUGCGUCUCUCUGAAGUUGGGCAUUAUGAACAGGUGAAGCAGCUUUUUAGCUUCCCCAUCAAGCACUGCCCGGAUAUGCUGGUGCUGGCCCUGCUGCAGAUCAGCACCUCCUGGCACACCCUGCGUCAUGAGCUCAUCUCCACUCUCAUGCCCAUCUUCCUGGGCAACCACCCCAACUCCGCCAUCAUCUUGCACUAUGCCUGGCAUGGACAGGGUCAGUCCCCAUCCAUCCGUCAGCUUAUCAUGCACUCUAUGGCCGAGUGGUACAUGAGAGGAGAGCAAUACGACCAGGCUAAACUGUCUCGCAUCUUGGAUGUGGCUCAGGACUUGAAGUCUUUAUCGAUGCUGCUGAAUGGUACUCCAUUUGCCUUUGUAAUUGACCUUGCUGCACUUGCCUCUCGCCGUGAAUACCUCAAACUCGACAAAUGGCUCACUGACAAAAUCCGAGAGCACGGGGAGCCGUUUAUCCAGGCGUGUGUCACGUUCCUAAAGAGACGUUGUCCUUCCAUCCUGGGUCCACCUUUGGCCCCAGAUAAAGACCAGCCGAAAAGUGCUCAGCUUCCUCCUGAAACACUGGCUACCAUGUUUGCAUGUCUCCAGUCUUGUGCUGGGAGUGUAUCUCAAGAGCUGUCAGAGACCAUCUUAAACAUGGUGGCCAACUGUAGCAAUGUGAUGAACAAAGCUCGGCAGCCACCACCGGGAGUCCUGCCGAAGGGGCGAGCACCCAGCACCAGCAGCUUAGAUGCUAUCUCACCUGUGCAGAUGGACCCUCUGUCUGCCAUGGGCUCGCUGAAUUUGGGCGUCACAUCCACAUCUCACACCACAAGCAUGCAAGGAUUUCCCAGCCUACAGGGCUCUGCCUUCAGUAACCCCCAGUCCCCAGCUAAGGCCUUUUCAAACCUGCCUAACGCAAAUCCCAGCACAGCUUUCCAAGGAAUCAACCCCCUCUCUUCUCAGCUACAAGGUCCUCUGAGCACAAGCUUGUCUGGGAUUGGCUCAGGCUUGGGCAUGCCCCCUGUCAGCAGCGACCCCUUCGGCACCAGGAAGAUGAGCACACCGGGGUUGAACCCGUCCACCUUCCAGCAGACUGACCUUUCUCAGGUGUGGCCCGAGGCAAACCAGCACUUUACUAAGGAGAUUGACGAUGAGGCGAACAGCUACUUCCAGCGCAUCUACAACCACCCUCCGCACCCCACCAUGUCUGUGGAUGAGGUGCUAGAAAUGCUUCAACGAUUCAAGGACUCCAACAUUAAGCGGGAACGGGAGGUGUUUAACUGCAUGCUAAGGAAUCUGUUUGAGGAGUACAGAUUUUUUCCCCAGUAUCCUGACAAAGAGCUCCACAUCACCGCUUGCCUCUUCGGGGGGAUCAUCGAGAAGGGCCUGGUCACAUACAUGGCGCUAGGGUUGGCGUUACGAUACGUUCUGGAAGCUUUACGCAAACCUUUCGGAUCAAAGAUGUAUUACUUUGGAAUCGCUGCACUAGAUAGAUUUAAAAAUAGACUGAAGGACUAUCCCCAGUACUGUCAGCACUUGGCAUCUAUAGCCCAUUUCUUGCAGUUCCCACACCAUUUACAAGAGUGUAUACAGUAUAUCGAGUAUGGCCAGCAGUCAAGAGACCCUCCUGUGAAGAUGCAGGGUUCCAUUACCACCCCAGGCAGCCUGGCACUAGCCCAAGCUCAAGCCCAAUCUCAGACCCCCAAAGCCCCCCAACCCGGUCAACCCAGCACCCUUGUGACCACAGCUACCACGACCACCACUGUUGCCAAAACCACCACCAUCACCAGACCCACAGCUGUCGGACUGAAGAAAGACGUGCCACCUUCGAUCAACACCACAAACAUCGACACCCUGUUGGUGGCCACCGACCAGACUGAAAGGAUUGUUGAGCCCCCAGAGAAUGUACAGGAAAAGAUUGCGUUCAUCUUCAACAAUUUGUCUCAGUCAAACAUGUCCCAAAAGGUUGAAGAACUGAAAGACACUGUGAAGGAAGAGUUCAUGCCCUGGGUCUCUCAAUACCUGGUCAUGAAACGUGUCAGUAUUGAGCCCAACUUCCAUAGCUUGUAUUCUAACUUUCUGGAUACACUGAAAAACCCUGAGUUUGUCAAGAUGGUUCUCAAUGAGACUUACAGAAACAUCAAGGUCCUUCUUACCUCCGAUAAGGCAGCUGCUAACUUUUCCGAUCGAUCCCUGCUGAAGAAUUUGGGUCAUUGGCUUGGAAUGAUCACCCUGGCUAAAAACAAACCCAUCUUGUACACAGACCUGGAGCUCAAAUCUCUUCUGCUGGAAGCUUAUGUGAAAGGCCAGCAGGAGUUGCUGUAUGUUGUCCCGUUUGUGGCCAAAGUCUUGGAAUCAAGUCUGCGGAGCGUGAUCUUCAGACCACAGAACCCUUGGACUAUGGGUAUCAUGAAUGUACUGGCUGAACUCCAUCAAGAACAUGACUUAAAGCUCAACCUAAAGUUCGAGAUCGAGGUUCUCUGUAAGAAUCUGUCUUUGGACAUCAGCGAGCUGAAGCCAGGAAACCUACUGAGAGACAAAGAGAAGCUCAAGAGCCUAGAGGAGCAGCUCUCUGCACCAAAGAAAGAGACCAAGCCUCCUGAAGAGAUGCUGCCUAUAGUUACCACAGUAGAUCCUGUUGCAUUUACAACAGCACCUUCAACUCCAGCAACCACCACUACCUGUACGGCCACAGGGCCGCCCACACCACAGUUCAGCUACCACGACAUUAACGUCUAUGCCCUGGCUGGCCUGGCCCCACAUAUCAAUAUUAAUAUCAGCAUCCCACUGCUACAGGCCCACCCUCAACUGAAGCAGUGUGUGAGACUAGCUAUCGAGCGUGCCGUACAAGAGCUCGUGCACCCCGUGGUGGACCGAUCCAUCAAAAUCGCCAUGACCACCUGUGAGCAGAUCGUCAGGAAGGACUUCGCCCUGGAUUCAGAGGAGUCUCACAUGCGCGUGGCCGCCCACCACAUGAUGCGAAACCUUACUGCCGGCAUGGCCAUGAUCACCUGCAGAGAGCCGCUGCUAAUGAGCAUCGCCACCAAUCUGAAGAACAGCUUUGCCGCAGCUCUCCGGGCACCCACACCUCAACAGAGAGAGAUGAUGGAGGAGGCAGCUGCACGUAUAGCACAGGACAACUGUGAGCUGGCAUGUUGCUUCAUUCAGAAGACGGCAGUGGAGAAAGCCGGACCAGAGAUGGAUAAGAGACUGGCAACUGAAUUCGAGCUGAGGAAGCAUGCCCGCCAAGAAGGCCGUCGUUACUGUGACCCCAUGGUCCUCACCUAUCAGGCUGAACGUAUGCCAGAGCAGAUCAGACUAAAGGUGGGUGGAGUGGACCCUAAACAGCUGGCUGUUUACGAGGAGUUUGCACGAAACGUUCCAGGCUUCCUACCUAGUAAUGAUCUUUCUCAGCCUACUGGAUUCCUUGCUCAACCAAUGAAGCAACAGGCAUGGCCGGCCGAUGAUGUGGCUCACAUCUACGACAAGUGCAUUUCAGACCUGGAGCAGCACCUUCACGCAAUUCCACCCGCCCUGGCGAUGAACCCACAGACCCAGGCCAUACGCAGCCUACUGGAGGCCGUAGUCAUGGCCAGGAACUCUCGUGAUGGGAUCGCUGCCCUGGCUCUUUUACAGAAGGCUGUGGAGGGUCUGCUGGAUGCCACAAGCGGUGCUGAUACUGAUCUGUUGCUAAGCUACAGAGAGUGCCACUUGAUGGUGCUAAAAGCCUUACAGGACGGUCGCGCAUACGGCCCACAAUGGUGCAACAAACAAAUCACCAGAUGCCUGAUUGAGUGCAGGGAUGAAUACAAAUACAACGUCGAAGCUGUGGAGCUGCUCAUUAGAAAUCACCUUGUCAACAUGCAGCAGUAUGAUAUACAUCUGGCUCAGUCCAUGGAGAACGGGCUUAACUACAUGGCCGUAGCGUUUGCAAUGCAGCUGGUUAAACUUCUGCUGGUCGAUGAGCGCAGCGGGAGCCACAUCACCGAAGCAGAUCUCUUCCAAACCAUCGAGACGCUCAUGAGGACCAGCGCCCACUCCAGAGCCAAUGCACCUGAAGGUUUGCCCCAGCUGAUGGAUGUUGUCCGUUCCAACUACGAGGCCAUGAUCGAUCGUCACCACGGUGGGCCAAACUUCAUGAUGCACUCCGGGAUUUCCCAAGCUUCGGAGUAUGACGACCCUCCGGGCCUCAGAGAAAAGGCAGAGUAUUUGCUAAGAGAAUGGGUCAACCUGUACCACUCGGCAGCUGCUGGGAGGGACAGCACUAAGGCCUUUUCUGCAUUCGUUGGCCAGAUGCAUCAGCAGGGCAUCCUGAAGACCGAUGACCUCAUCACUCGCUUUUUCAGGCUCUGCACCGAGAUGUGCGUUGAGAUCAGUUACCGGGCUCAAGCCGAACAGCAGCACCCCACCACCAGCCCCGCCAUCAUCAGGGCCAAGUGUUACCACAACCUGGACGCCUUCGUUCGGCUCAUCGCACUACUGGUGAAACACUCCGGAGAGGCCACCAACACGGUCACCAAAAUCAACCUGCUCAACAAGGUUUUGGGCAUUGUGGUUGGCGUGCUGAUUCAGGAUCAUGACGUGAGGCAGACGGAGUUCCAGCAGCUUCCUUACCACCGAAUCUUCAUCAUGCUUCUGUUGGAGCUCAAUGCACCCGAGCAUGUGCUGGAAACCAUCAACUUCCAAACCCUUACUGCCUUCUGUAACACCUUCCACAUCCUGAGGCCAACUAAAGCACCUGGUUUUGUAUAUGCCUGGUUGGAGCUGAUUUCUCAUCGCAUCUUCAUUGCCAGGAUGCUAGCACACACCCCACAACAAAAGGGUUGGCCGAUGUAUGCACAGCUGCUGAUUGAUUUGUUCAAGUAUCUUGCACCCUUCCUAAGGAAUGUUGAACUUAACAAACCUAUGCAAAUUCUCUAUAAGGGAACGCUACGCGUGCUGCUCGUCUUGCUUCAUGACUUCCCAGAAUUCCUGUGUGACUAUCACUACGGCUUCUGUGACGUCAUCCCACCCAACUGCAUCCAGCUGAGGAACCUGAUCCUGAGUGCCUUUCCCCGCAAUAUGAGGCUUCCAGACCCCUUCACCCCAAAUUUGAAGGUGGAUAUGUUAAGCGAGAUCAACAUCGCUCCACGCAUACUCACCAACUUCACCGGUGUGAUGCCGUCCCAGUUCAAAAAGGAUCUUGACUCUUACCUAAAGACCCGCUCACCUGUCACUUUCCUCUCUGAGCUGCGCAGCAACCUGCAGGUGUCCAAUGAACCAGGGAACCGCUACAACAUCCAGCUGAUCAAUGCUUUGGUGUUGUAUGUGGGCACCCAGGCCAUCGCCCACAUCCACAACAAGGGCAGCACUCCCUCCAUGAGCACCAUUACUCACUCGGCACACAUGGACAUCUUCCAGAACCUUGCAGUCGACCUGGACACAGAGGGCCGCUAUCUGUUCUUAAAUGCGAUAGCCAAUCAGCUGCGUUACCCGAACAGCCACACACACUACUUCAGCUGUACCAUGCUGUAUCUGUUCGCGGAGGCCAAUGCUGAAGCCAUUCAAGAGCAGAUCACCAGGGUCCUUCUGGAGAGGCUGAUCGUGAACCGGCCGCACCCGUGGGGUCUGCUCAUCACCUUUAUUGAGCUGAUCAAAAAUCCUGCCUUUAAGUUCUGGAGCCACGAUUUUGUGCACUGUGCCCCUGAAAUCGAGAAAUUGUUCCAGUCGGUGGCUCAGUGCUGCAUGGGACAGAAACAAGCCCAGCAGGUGAUGGAGGGAACCGGUGCCAGUUAGGCUGCAGGAACCGCUCCUGUACCCAGAGUGAGAGCUUCGUUUGACCCAACAACCCUGCACAUCUGAUCGACACACAGCUGGCACUGAAUUACUGUCUGCCUUUUUGGGCGAUGUCUGACCUGAGGAGUUUUUUUCCCCCAAACAUGUUAAAAUUUCUAUGUAAAUAUUAAGAAGGACAUUCAGGAGCAGAUUUUGCGUAAUUUUGAGACACAUGCUUGAGCACAUUUUACUUCUGGCUGUUUUGCUCCCCCUAACUCUCCAUUUUUCUUUUGCCUUCAAGACGAAUUGACUUUUGUUUGGAAGCUUGAUAAGUGGCUUGAGGAAGCUGUCUUGUUUUAUUAUUUUUAUUUUUCCUGAUGUUUGGUUUUUAAGGGGAGGGCUAUCAGUGUGAUGAGCUGAUAGGAUCAGAUAAAUGUCUUUGGACUGCAGGGGGGUCACUAGUUUGCACCUGCGCACCUGUGAGAAUACAAAUAUUGGGUUGGAGGUUCUCUCUGGCACUUGUACAAUUGUGGAAAUAUUCAGUAAAUUGGAUCUUCAGAGUUUGUACAAAGAUUCAACUUGCGGAACAAAAAGGACCAAUACAGCUCAUUUUGUAAGGAUUUCGAAUGUUUUGUAAAUGUAUUGGUCCGCGUGUUGUAUUUUGUAGUACUUUGUAGUUGCCUUUAGUUCCUGCUACUUAUUUCCUGUAUGUAUGCAUUCUGUAGUUACUGCAUUAAACACUUGAACUGCU